AUGCCUGCUUCACCACGAGGCAGUAUCCAUGACGAACAAGAGAACCCUCAGCCGGACCUUCAAAACAUAAAUAACGACCCUUUUCGUUACAUUUCCCUAUUACAGAGAGACUUGAUCCCACAGAAAGAUUAUUACGACCAAAUUUCCAGAAGUGUGAGAAAAGAAAGUGAUUUCGUCGAACCCGGAGCCAUUCCCAGAGAAAUGAAUCGAUAUAUGGGCCAGCACAACUACGAGACACGCGCAAGGUGUACACAACUCCGACGGUUUAAUUAUGGCCUAUCCUGCCUUUGGGGUAUAAUUAUCUUGUUUCUUGGGUACAUUUCAUUCAGCCCUACCCGAAUUCCCCCCGAAUUCAGUACGGAAGUUUCACUGCCACCAGAAAAGCAUGUAGGCUUUGUCCAGAACCAGCCUCCCGUGCUCCAGGAGCGAGCCACAUCUGAUCAAGCAAACAUCAUAAUUCCUGCGUACUUUGGUCCUGAGGACACAGCAUCCUGGGGGAAGGUUCUAGCGCAAAUAUCAAAAUUUCAUAACGCUCUAGGGUUUACAAUUAUUAUUAAUCCUUCAAAUGGCCCAGGUAGCACCGAAGAAGUCGCACGCUACUCAGCUCUCAUCGAAUCCCUCGCAAAAUACAGUAAUGUCAAGAUUAUCGGUUACAUUCAUCAAUCAUGGGGCAAUCGGGACAUCACGAACGAUGUGGAUACUUGGAUUAGUUAUUUCCCCGGAAAGCUAGAUGGAUUUUUUCUAGACGAGAUGCCGUCUGUAAAAUCUAACACAAAUUUAAGUGCCGUUCAAAGCAGCAAUGCCUAUAUUAAAAAGAAAUCCAGUUUUUAUUUUCGCGGCAAUAAGUCUCCGCUCAUUGUUCAGAACCCUGGCACUAAGGUUGACUCUAGUUUCUAUAGCUUGCGCUACAAUCAAGAUGUCACGAUCAUCUUAGAGAACAAAGACGCUUAUCUCACCCAGUGGAUCAGCCUCAAUCGCGGUUCAGCUAACCAAAGCCCUAGUACUCUAGGCAUGAUUCUCUUGACAGUCUCCGCCACAGAGAUGGAAUCUGCUGUCAAAACUAUGUUAGGAUAUUCUAGGUACAUUUUCGCUACAGGAUACUCUGAAGCACAAGCAUAUACCAGUAUCGCAAGUAAUUUCGGUACUUUUGUUAGCGCAGCCUACAAAUACGGGGGAAUAGGCAGCGCAAAUAAAAUCACCACAACGGCAAUACGGGCAACUACUACAAAAGAGCUCACUGCUCCGAAGUCGAAAUCCAAAGCUAAAACGACGAAGAGCACAAAACGAAAAUUUCCUACCGCCGCAGCCCGUCGAAAACAAACUUCGUCACAAUCAUAG